AUGAUGUAUCCAACCCAAGCGUCACUCUUGUUCUUGAAUGUAUGUAUUUUUAUUUGUGGAGGAGCAGUACAAGGUAACUGUGUACAUCAUUCUACGGACUCUCUUGCAGUAGUUCAAAUUGAGAAAAAUGUAUUGAAUGCAAAAGAUGAAAGUCAAAGUAAUGAUACUGUUUAUAAGGAAGACUGUGAAGAAUCAUGCAACAUUAAAACUCAAAUUACACGAGAAGAAAAACAUUUCAUGUGUAGAAAUCUGCAAAAUUCCAUUGUUUCCUACACACGAAGUACCAAGAAACUACUAAGGAACAUGAUGGAUGAGCAACAAGCCUCCUUGGAUUAUUUAUCUAACCAGGUUAAUGAGCUCAUGAAUCGAGUUCUCCUUUUGACUACAGAAGUUUUUAGGAAACAGCUGGAUCCUUUUCCUCACAGGCCAGUGCAGGCACAUGGUUUAGACUGUACUGAUAUCAAAGAUACCAUUGGCUCUGUCACCAAAACACCAAGUGGUUUAUAUAUAAUCUACCCAGAAGGCUCUAGUUACCCAUUUGAGGUAAUGUGUGACAUGGAUUUCAGAGGAGGUGGAUGGACUGUGAUACAGAAAAGGAUUGACGGGGUCAUUGAUUUCCAAAGGUUGUGGUGUGAUUAUCUGGAUGGAUUUGGUGAUCUUUUAGGAGAAUUUUGGCUAGGACUAAAAAAGAUUUUUUAUAUAGUCAAUCAGAAAAAUGCCAGCUUUGUGCUGUAUGUGACCUUAAAAUCUGAAGAUGACACAUUUGCUUAUGCAUCAUAUCAUAAUUUUUGGCUUGAAGAUGAAACAAGAUUUUUUAAAAUGCACUUAGGACGGUAUUCAGGAAAUGCUGGUGAUGCAUUUCGGGGCCUCAGAAAAGAAGAUAAUCAAAACUCAAUGCCUUUCAGCACAGUGGAUGUUGACAACGAUGGGUGUCACCCUGCGUGCCUCCUUGAUGGCGGGUCUGUGAAGAGCUGUAGUCACCUCAGUAACAACACUGGAUGGUGGUUCAACCAAUGUGGACUUGCCAAUCUGAAUGGCAUCUAUCGCUUCCCUGGAAAAUCACUUGCCUCUGGAAUUCAGUGGGGCACAUGGACCAAAAACAACACACUGGUCAAGAUCAAAUCUGUCUCAAUGAAGAUUCGAAGAGCUUACAACCCUUAUUUUAAAUAA